CACAUUUCCAUUUUUCUCUACAUACAUCAAAUAAAAAACUAUUCAUCAACCUCUCACUAUCUCUCCACCAACUUUUAUACUACACUUUCUUUAAUAAGCAAUGAGUUUUUUCUAUACUUCUGAAGUGUCCGACUCUGAAAGCAGCAGUUGCAGCGACGCCAGCAGCGGUAGCGAGUCACCUUUCCUGCCCUUGUAUAUCCGCAAGACCAAAAACGACUACAAGGUAAUAAACAGCGAAAGGCGGUUCAAAAAAUUCAACGACAAGUACAAAUCUGGUAUCCUCAUAUUCCACCGACUAGACCAAGACCAUCUAGAUGAUUUCGUGCAAAACGUAAAAAUGUGCUCAUCCUCUUUUUCAAAUAAUUGUGGGGGACGUGGUAGCAAUGUUAAUUAUAAAGUUGGAGUGAUUGAUGCGAACGAUCAGUGGUGCCAGGGGGUUGUGCCCGCGUCCUGCAAGGAUCACCCAUACGUACAGUGGUAUCGGCAGGGGAAAAGGGUUAGUACGCCGGUGGAGGUAAAGUUUCAGUACGCAAAGCUGAUUGGUGGUGUUCUUGGGUUUAAUAAAAGGGUUGAUGCUGCGUCUGUGGUGGUUGGCAGCAGUGAUGCCCAGCGGAAUGGUGGUGAGAUGAUUGGGAUGAUGGAGCAGGUGUGCUUUGUUUCGCCAACGCCGUUUUUCGAACAUUGCAAGGCUCACAUGUAAUAUAAUCAAAACGCGGAAAGCUAGAUUAAAUCAGUCAGCAUUCAUGAAUGUAUGCGCGCUUGGUAAUGAUUAGCAAUAGGAGUUGCUGCGCACAAAAAAAAGUGAUGAAAUUUGAAUUGACCACCAUAUCUUUUGCAAUUGGCAGCAGCAGCAAGGG